AUGGACUCUGAAGAUCAAAGUGCGUAUAUCAAUCCAUCGUAUAUUGAUCCAACGUAUGAAAGACCGCCGGCAUAUACUCCUAAUGGUCAACAUAAAGUAUAUACUAUUGAAAUGCGUGAUGGUGACACAUUACAAACUCAAAUGUCGAUUGAAGGUGAGCAAAUCAUGGCAGCACAAUCUCCGCGCAUCACAGUUACGUUUCAUAACGUUUCUAAAGUGAUCAAUGUUCCGGCUAAAAUGAUCGAUCCAUCAUCGAAAGAACGGUUCAUUCAACGAACUCUUCUCGACAAACUCUCUGGCCAAAUUCUUCCCCGACAAAUCGUCGCACUUAUGGGACCAUCAGGAUGUGGUAAAACAACACUUCUGAAUACACUUGCUGGUCGAGCAUUGAGCGGUGUCACCGGUAAUGUCUGGUACAAUAAUCAGCUAUAUGAUCGCGCUAUGAAGCGAAAACUUGCUUAUGUUCUUCAACAGGAUCUGUUCUUUGAAAAUUUAACUGUCAAACAGCAACUUACCUAUACUGCACUUCUUCGAUUGCCUAAUCAUCUAUCUCGAAAAGAUAAACUUGCACAAGUUGAAAUCAUUAUCGAUCAACUUCGUAUUCGAAAGUGUGCCAAUACUCCUAUUAUGUUAAUAUCUGGCGGAGAAAAAAAACGUGUUAAUAUUGGAACUGAACUUCUGACUAAUCCUAGUGUUAUCUUUCUUGAUGAACCCACAUCCGGUUUGGACAGUACAUCCGCUGUCUCACUCAUGGAUGUACUCCGCGAAUUGGCUAUGCAAGGAAAAACAAUCAUCACAUCCAUUCAUCAACCAUCAUCACAAAUCUUUCAAUCAUUUGAUCAACUCAUUCUGCUCGCAGAUGGCAAAGGCAUCUUCAUGGGUCGACCAUCGAAUGCUCUCGCAUACUUUUCAACAAUGAACUACAAUUGUCCAAGUCAGUACAAUCCGGCAGAUUAUGUUAUGGAUCUCGUUAAUCAAGAUAUGAAAAUUCGUGAAGAAUUGAAGGAAGCAUAUCUCCAACAUCGAAUCAUUAGUGGUCAAAUACCAAGUCAAUUGUCAGAAUCUAGUCGAUAUUUGAUGGCUGAGCCAUCGGGAAAAGAAAGUGAUCUGACCAAUCCGGACAACGUGAAUUUGAUUCCAGAUGGUCGUGAAGGCAAAUGGCCAAUUGGAUUUUUGCCACAAAUGUUAAUCUUAUAUUCACGAAGUUUCCGAUUAACAGGAAAAGCCCAGUUUACUGCUCUUAACUUAAUACAAUCAAUAGCUUUAGCUGUAAUAAGUGGUUUGUGUUGGUUGCGGAUGGAAUUCAGAGAAGACACGAUACCUGAUCGAUCGUCGUUUAUUUUCUUUCUCAUGACAUUUUGGCCUUUACAUACGUUGAUGAUGGGUCUGUUAUCUUUUCCAUUUGAACGUGGUGUUAUCGAAAAGGAACGUGCAAGUGGUGCAUUUCGUUUAUCAGCUUAUUUUGUUGCCAAGUCAUUAGCUGAAGCUCCCUUGAAGUUGGUUUUACCAACAAUCUUUCUAAUCAUUUCCUACUGGAUGGCGAGAAUUAACAAUAACUUUGGCAUCUUCCUUGCCAUUCUUGUCUUUCAACUUCUAUCCAUCCUGGUAGCCGAAUCACUCGGUCUACUUUUGGGCGCAGCGUUAAAAAACUUACACCAUGCUAUCACAGCUGCAACAGUUCUUCUGAUCACACUGAUGUUAGUCGGGGGCUUCUUCGUUCGAAAUCUUCCACAUUGGCUGGGUGUUUGGGGCAAAUGGUUCUCGUUUUUCAAGUAUGCUUAUAACGCAUGCUUACAAUUACAAUUCAAAGGUGGACAAGUGUAUCAAUGCGUCGAUGGCUCCUACGUGAUUUCAUGUCGAAAUAAUCCCAACGGAACAUUCAUUAGCAAUGAAGCACUCCAAUAUUUUGAUUAUGGGAUUAAUAUUGGUUUGAAUUUUCUUGUGCUUUUCGGCAUGUUUGUCUGUUUUCGUUUCUGUGCAUACUUGGCGUUACGGUUCGUCAAUACAAGUAGCGGUCGAACAUAG